AGAGUUGAAACGUCAUACAGUACGCCAUUCAGAAAAUAACGUUUAACCGUCCAGCACAUUUCUUUCCUUGUUUAUAUCAGGAGAAAAGCAACAGAAUUUCAGCAAUGAAUCCUGACCUUCACCGAGAAAGAGAAAACGCUACAAUCGAGCCGGAAAUAAUCACAAACAUACUGGACGGCGGUGCAGAGAAGACCCGGAGGAGGAGAGAAAUAGAAUCUCUGGUCCUUAACGACCCUGACUUCCAGCAUGAAGACCUGAACUUUCUGUCCCGCGGCGAGCGCUACGAAGUGGCCUUAAAGAAGAGCAUCCAGAUGUAUUCGAAGCUCAGGGACUAUGGCAUCUCUGAUCCUGAGGAGAUAUAUUUCUAUAAGAGAUGCGUACACAACGGACACUCCGAGCCUCUGGACCUGCACCUGGGGAUGUUUCUGACCACGCUACUGAACCAGGCCUCGCCGACUCAGCUGGACAACCUCUUCACACCCGCGUGGAACCUGGAGAUUAUCGGCACCUAUGCUCAGACAGAGCUUGGGCACGGAACGCACAUCCGUGGACUCGAGACCACGGCGACCUACGACCCCUCCACACAGGAGUUUGUCCUGAACAGCCCGACGAUCACGUCCAUCAAGUGGUGGCCAGGAGGACUGGGUAAGACUGCCAAUCACGCCAUCGUGUUGGCCCAGCUCUACACGCAGGGCAAGUGUUACGGCCUCCACGCCUUCAUCGUACCUAUACGGUGUAUGAAAACCCACCAGCCUCUGCCAGGCGUGGUUGUAGGUGACAUUGGCCCCAAAUUCGGCUUCGACGAGGUGGAUAACGGAUACCUGAAGCUGGACAACAUUCGGAUCCCGCGUGAGAACAUGCUGAUGAAGUACUCCAAGGUCCAACCUGAUGGCACGUACUUGAAGCCCCCCAGUGAUAAGCUGACGUACGGCACCAUGGUGUUUAUCCGCUCCAUAAUCGUAGGAGAAUCGGCCAUUGCUCUGGCCAAAUCCUGCACCAUCGCAAUCCGCUACAGCGCAGUCCGUCAUCAGUCCGAACUACGAGCCGGGGAGCCUGAGCCGCAGAUCUUGGACUACCAAGCUCAGCAGCAUAAGCUCUUCCCGCUGUUAGCCACAGCCUACGCCUUCACCUUUGUGGGCCAGUACAUGAAGAACACGUAUAAUCGCAUCACUGGAGACAUCAACCAGGGAGACUUCAGCCAGCUGCCCGAGCUCCAUGCUCUGGCUGCGGGUUUGAAAGCGUUCACUACCUGGACCGUGAAUGCAGGGAUUGAAGUGUGUCGGAUGGCAUGCGGAGGACACGGUUACUCUCGAAGCAGCGGCCUGCCGGACAUCUACGUCACCUUUACGGCCACGUGCACCUACGAGGGCGAGAACACCGUCAUGAUGCUGCAGACAGCCCGGUACCUGGUGAAGAGCUACCGACAAGUGCGCGACGGAAAGCAGCUCACUGGCAUCGUGUCGUAUUUGAACGAAUCUCACCAGCAUUUACAGCCUCAACCCACGGGCUCCAGACCCGCGGGCUCCAGACCCACAGUCAUCAGCAUCAACGACCUGCAGAGCCUCGUAGAGGCCUACAAACUCCGUGCUGCCAACCUGGUGGAAACGGCAGCGAAGAGCCUGCAGACAGAGCUCCAGCACAGCAAGAGCCAAGAGGACGCCUGGAACAACAGCUCCUUAGAGCUCAUCCGAGCCUCCGACGCCCACUGUCACUAUGUAGUGGUGAAGCUGUUUGCCGCUAAGCUGAGUGAGAUCGGUAACACAGCCGUGUACUCCGUCCUCAGCACUCUGGCUCUGCUGUAUGCCCUGCACGGUGUUGCCAGCAACUCUGGAGACUUUUUGCAGGCUGGUCUACUGACCGUUCCUCAGCUGGCUCAGAUCACUCAGAGGAUAAAGGCCCUGAUGGCGGAGAUCCGUCCGAACGCUGUGGCUCUAGUGGACGCCUUUGACUACCGGGACGAGAUGCUGAACUCGACGCUAGGCCGCUACGACGGGAACGUCUACGAGAACAUGUUUGAGUGGGCCAAGAGUUCUCCACUCAACCGUACAGAGGUCCAUGAAUCAUACUACAAGCACAUGAAACCUCUGCAGUCCAGACUGUGAGCAUGAAGCUGGGACUUCUCUUCAACGAACAUACAGUGCUGUGAGAAAGUAUUUGCCCCCAUCAUGAUUUCAUCUGUUUGUGUGUACAUCUCGUACUAAUAUAGUUUUAGAUCUUGAAAUGAAAUACAACAUAAAACAAAGGCAAACCGAGUAAGCAUACGAGACAUUUUUGGGGGUUUUUUUGUUUUUUUUAUUGACGCCAAAAAAAGUGUUAUCCAACACCUAUCACCCAUGUGAAAAAUGUAUUGCCCUCUUAAACUUAAAAUCUGAUUGUGCUACAUUUUAGCAGCCAUAACUGCAACCAAACGCUUCUGAUAACUGGAGAUCAGACUUUCACAUACUUCUCGGACUAGGACUUAAUCCUAUGAUCAUUGUCUUGCUGCAUAAUCCAGCUGCGCUUGAGUUUCAAUUUAGGGACUGAAGACCGGACAUUCUCCUUUAGGAUUUUCUGCGAGCAGAAUUCAUGGGGUUUUUUUUUUUUUUUUACAAUUGCCCAGGCCCUGAAGCAGCAAAGCAUCCCCACACCAUCACACUUCCACCACCAUGCUUGACCGUAGGUAUGAUGUUCUUUUUGUGGAAUUCUGUGUUUGGUUUACACCAGAUGUAACGGGACUCCUGUCUUCCAAACAGUUCACUUUUGACUCAAUAAUCCACAGAACAUUCUCCCAAAAGGUUUGAGGAUCAUCAAGGUAUGUUUUGGCAAAAUUCAGACAAGCCUUAACGUUCUUCUGGGUUAUCACUGGUAUCUCUAGUCCAGCUGAACCCCAUUAUGAAUUCAGUUUCAUAGAUUUGGGAAAUUAGUAACUAAGGGGGCAAAUACAUUUUCACACAGGCCCAGUUGGUAUUGGAUAGCUCUUUUUUGCUUCAGUAAAUAACAUUAUCAUUUAAAAACUGUAUUGUGUGUUUACUCAGGUUGCCUUUGUUUUGUCUUAGAUUUUGUUUUCAUUUCUGAAACAAUUUAGUAUGAGAUCUACACACAACAACAGAGGAUAUCAGAAUGGGGGCAAAUACUUUUUCACGGCGCUGUAUAAGGGCACUAAUUCCUAGACGGAGUAUAAUCUCUCAAUCACGUAUAAUUUAUCUGACCGAGCAUUUGUGAUUCUAGUCCAUAUGAAUCAGAGUGCUGCUCUGGGAUCAGUUUCUCACUUAUUUUAAUUUUUUUGUAGGUUAAUUCUUUAAUCCAAAGCGACUUAGUAGUGAGGAAGUUUGUCGCGGCUGUUUGGCAUUCCAAGGAUGUAAAUUCAGAACCAUCGUAACACUACUGUAGAAAUGUAACCAGUGAGCUCCUACUGCCACGGUUUGUCUUGCACAUUUUAGGUAAUCUGUGCAAAUAGACAGGGCUGCUGAUCCCAGGUCAGAACAGGAUAAAUAUGGGUCUGGAUAGAUAUACUGUAUGUGGUCCAAAGUGGAACAGAAACACUGCAUUCAGGAGACACUGAGACAUUUGAUAUUAGCGUCAGUGAUAUCAGUGAAACGUGAUGGUUAUUACAUCUCUGAAAUGAAUGACCUAAAUCAUUUUUAGUAGGUACAGCACGUUCUGAUGGUGUACCGAAACCGUUCGGUGGUCCUGAUGAGACUCCGCAUUUAUUGAAUCAUUGAUGCGUGUUGUUUUGAUCAAUUUUAAAAAGUCACAACAAUGUGUCCUUUUUAGAUUUCACAUUAACAUGUCCGUUCUCCUGAUUUUCAGAAAGGAUUUUCAUAGUGAAGUAACAUGUACGUGUGAUUUUCAGCAAUAAAAAUCGCUAACACGAUUAGGAAGUAUUUGAAAACUCAAGACUAGACUAAAUGCUGUAUCAGAAGCAGUACAAAUAUAAAAGGAGACUGCCUGAUGCAUAGAAGCACCUUAUACGACGAAGCCACGUGCAUUGUAAUAUUUUUCUCUGACCAGACAGGAUUCCCUGUUUCUGGAGAUUAGAAGGUUGUAUAAUUAUGGAUAUUUGCGUGACCGUUGAAGGCACAGCUUUCACUUCACUUUAUAACGUCCUGCCUUAAUUCGUUCACAUGGUAGUUUUAUUCACGGCCAGUGCACUUCCGUCUUUUGUUCUAUGGGAAACUUUUUCCACUGUGUCAAGUAAAUGGCUUAGUCUUGUUCACUUUCUGAUUUUUGUCCCAUUUAUGCUGAAAUGAAUCGGUAGUAAAACUAGUCUAACUCUGUAGGGAAUGGGGAAUGCUAAAACCAUGGAAAUUUUAUUUCUGAUAGUUGGUGUCAAUCACUUGAUUAUGACAAAUAAAAUAUUCCCAAUCAAG